CUAAAGGGGCGUAUUUUCAAGCCAUCUUGACUGAAGACCAAUUUCAAGGUACAUUGACCUGACACUAACUAAUGUCACUUAUUAAAGCUAUUCUACGUCUAAAAUGUCUCAGUCACAGAUAUGAAACCAGGUGGAGUCUGGGCAUUUGUCCGAAGACAAUAAGAAAGACUGGAGUACAGAAGAUGACGCUGUCGCCUCUGAAAAUACCGGCGGCUAGCUUGCCUGUGGCAUAGCUUGUUUAGCAGGUCUACUUCGGUCGUAGUGUACUAGCUAGCUACGAUCGGACCUAGCAUUAUUAGCUAGCAGUAGUAAGCUAGCUAGCUGUCAUUCGCACCAUUCUGUGGUUCGUGCAUUCUAGACGGUUGUGCUCAACAAGUGAGAGUGCUCACCCCCAUGAGGAAGCUGAGAAAGCGGGGAUGCCAGCCUGGAGGAAGUGGACUUGAGAUGGGCAGGGGAAGGGGCAGGGGAAGGGGCAGGGGCAGGGGUAGGGGCAGGGUUAACGCAGUUCAGUUGCGGCCACCCUCACCUUACCGACUACAACUAUCUCCCUCCAGAGAGACACUGACUUAUGCUCAGGCCCAGAAAAUGGUGGAGGUGGAUCUAGAUGGAAGGCUUCACAGGAUCAACAUAACGGACCCCCUGCCGGUCAUUACAGAGGAUGAGAUGAUGGCCCAGGAUAUUGCAGAGUGCAACAGCAACAAAGAAAACAGUGAGCAGACUAUGAGCCGAGCCAGACCAGGGCGGAAACCCCCCAACCCCAAAGGUAGAAGGAGAGAAAGCAAGAAUGCAUCUCAUCAGAGCCGUCGCUCUCAGCAUAACGCUCAAAACCAGACCAAUUCCUCCCAACACCCAUCCCACCACAGUCCCCUACCCGAGCCCACAUUCCGUGUGCUGGAUUCCCUGUCCCCCUGCGAUGCCCCUCCUCUCCCAGCUGCCUACUACCGCUACAUAGAAAAGUCAGGCGAGGAGCUGGAUUGCGAGGCCGAUUACGACAUGGACGAAGAGGACGUGGCUUGGUUGGAGAUGGUCAACCAGAAGAGAGUGUCAGAUGGCCACGCCUCGGUAGCGGCAGACACCUUUGAGCUGCUGAUCGAUCGCCUGGAGAGGGAGUCGAUCCUGGAGUCCCGGAGCCAGGCUCUGUCCCAGAGUGCCAUCGACGAGGAGGCCUUCUGUUGUGUCUGCCUCGACGAUGAGUGUCUGAACAGCAACGUGAUCCUGUUCUGUGACAUUUGCAACCUGGCCGUACACCAGGAGUGUUAUGGUGUGCCCUACAUCCCAGAGGGUCAGUGGCUUUGCCGCUGCUGCCUGCAAUCCCCCUCACGCCCUGUGGACUGUGUGCUCUGUCCAAACCGGGGAGGUGCCUUUAAACAGACUAGUGAUGGACGCUGGGCCCAUGUUGUCUGUGCCAUAUGGAUCCCGGAGGUGUGCUUUGCCAACACUGUGUUCCUAGAGCCUGUAGAGGGGGUGAAGAACAUACCUCCAGCUCGUUGGAAGCUCACUUGUUACUUGUGCAAGCAGAAAGGGAGAGGUGCUUCCAUCCAGUGCCACAAAGCUAACUGCUACAGGGCCUUCCAUGUUACCUGUGCCCAGAAGGCCGGCCUCUUCAUGAAGAUCGACCCGGUCCGUGAGACCGGUUCCAACGGAACCACCUUCUCUGUGAAGAAGACGGCCUUCUGUGAGAACCACUCUCCAGUGGGGUUGCGGCGGGAUGGGUCAGGGGAUGAAGGGGUGGAAGGCAGGCUGGUGGGAGGGAGGGGUACCAGAGGGCAAAGAUCCUACACUCAAAGCCCUCCGGCACCCCAGAAUAAAAAGACCCCCAAGGGUCAGAAGAAGAAGCCUAAGAAAGGAUCUGGUGGUGCAUCCCGUCGUUCUGCUGUGCCUUUGCUCCUGGUGCCUCAAAUCCCCUCUCACAGGCUCAACAAGAUUUGCACUGGGGUGGCUGUCCAGAGGAAGAACCAGUUCAUGCAGAGGCUUCACAACUACUGGUUACUGAAACGUCAGUCACGAAAUGGCAUGCCCCUCAUCCGGAGACUUCACUCCCAUCUGCAGGCCCACAAGACGGCCGAACAGAGGGAGCCAGAUGAGAAGUUAUGUGCCGCAAGGGAGGAGCUGCGGUACUGGCAGAAAUUGCGGCAGGACCUAGAGCGAGCCAGACUUCUCGUGGAACUGAUCCGCAAGAGAGAGAGGCUAAAGCGGGAACAGAUGAAAAUUCAGCAGGCUGUUUUGGAGCUGACGUUGACCCCUGCUCUAGUGUUGCUUCGCUCCACCCUAGACCAACUCCAAGAGAAGGAUACAGCAAAGAUCUUCUCACAGGCAGUCAACCUGACAGAGGUACCGGACUAUUUGGAGUUUAUUUCCCAGCCUAUGGACCUCUCCACCAUGCGUGAGAAACUGGAGGCCCAUGCGUACCGUUCAAUAGCAGACCUGGAGAGCGACUUCAACCUCAUGGUCUCCAACUGCUUGAGGUACAACUCCAAAGACACCAUGUUCCACCGAGCGGCCCUGCACCUGCGGGAGGUGGGAGGAGCCAUCCUCCGCCAUGCCCACAGACAGUCCCAGAGCAUCGGGCUCGACCCCACCACCGGCAUGCACCUCCCAGAGGCUCCCAACAAGAACAGCUUCUACCAAUGCACCUGGGAAGAUGUGGACACUCUGUUGGAUCCGGAGAACAGGCUCCACUUGUCCUCAGAGGAGCAGCUGAAGGUCCUGCUGGAUAAACUGGACGUCGUUGGGUCCAUGCGCUCCAGCGGAGGACGGACCAAGCGCAUGAGGUUAUUGCGCCGAGAGAUUAACACGGUCCGGCACAAAAUGAACCAGCAGCAACGCAACUGCGUGCCACUCAACGGGAACGACCUAAAGGAAGAGGAGGAGCAGGAGGAAGAGGAGCAGGAAAAGAAGGGAAGGCAGGAUCAUGUGAAUCCCUGUCCUAUAACAUCAGCAUCUACCCCAGGGACAGACGACUCUCCUCCAGUACUAGAGCCUACCUGCCCAGCAGCAUCCCCGCUGCCAGGAGACGCCCCACCUGAACCACCUGUCCUGGGGAUCGUGACUGGAGGGCGAAGGUCGCCUGGACGCUCCUACAAGCGCCAGAGAUCUGCCCGCAGUGGAAGCAGAGGCCAGGAUGACGAGGAGGUCUCUGAGGUGGAGGAGACUCCCUGCCCACAGAGUCAGACUGUUCCCACGGCCCCCUCUCUGGAGACCCCAACCCCUCCUCUUAUAGCAGGGGUCGGCCGUCGCACCUCUGUUCUGUUCAAGAAAGCUAAAAAUGGAGCGCGACCGGCAAAAAACCAAGGUCCACCUGUGCAGAAUACAGGGAACCCAGAGGGGAAAACCAACGGCUUGGACAGCACCCCUGCUUCUCCUCCCUGUGCCACCCCUCUUCUGCCCCCGCCCCCGCCCCCCCCGCCUCCAUCAGUCCACCAACUCAGAUCCAAAGGGCCCAGCUCUGACAGCGAGGCAGAGAAGCCCCUCCCCCCUAUAACCCUAACCCCAGCCAAAGAGGAAGGCUUGACAAACGGGCUUGGAAAGCACAAAGAAGAAGUUUUGGAAGAUCACCAGGACGACCAAAAACAUAGUGUCUCACCACCGAAGCGCAGUCGUGGUAAACCAGCCCUAGCAAACGUCCCCGAGGGAGAAAACGGAGACAUCUCUGGCACAGGCAGGAGUAUGCUUCUCCCCUUCGAUAGUGAAACGGUGCUCACACCCCUGGACCUGGUCUGGGCCAAAUGUCGUGGGUAUCCGUCGUACCCAGCAAUGAUUGUCGACGCCGACAUGCCCCAGGAAGGCCUCCUUCACAAUGGCAUCCCAAUCCCUGUGCCGCCUGUGGACGUGCUGAAACUGGGGAAGCGGAGACGAGAAGAAGCCGGGGAGAAGCUUUUCCUCGUGCUGUUCUUCGACACUAAAAGGACUUGGCAGUGGCUACCACGGGACAAGUUGCUGCCAAUGGGAAUGGAUGACACUGUAGACAAACUGCGCUUGAUGGAAGGCAAGAAACCUAGUGUUCGCAAGUCGGUACACACAGCAUAUGACCGUGCCAUGAUACACCUAACCCAUGUGAGGGGAAACCUCACCUUUAACCCUUCCAAUUUUAUAUGAAGGAUUUUAACUUGAGAAUGUUAUAAUUCUUCAGGGGUGCAAGCAUAACCUGUUGAUGACCAUUGGUGGCUAGAUGGCUAGUGGACGUUCUAACCAGAGAGGAAAUGUUACUUUUUGCAAUGGAAAAAGCGCAUGUAACAGACUGUGGAGCAGGUGGACAGUGUACCUUAAAUAAUAUGGUUUUUAGGAUAUCUUUUCUAGAAAUGUGAUUAUUCAUUGUGAUUAGUUUUUUAUUGUUUCAUACAACCACUGUUGCUAUGAAUCUGAGUGAAUAUGAAUUUUGUUUUAGGCCAAAGUGAAUCUAAAUCAGAGAGAAUGUAAAUAUUUUAUCUUCAAAAAGGGUUGGCGUGAUUCACAGCCUAUUGAGAUUGUAUGUCAUUGAAAUAUCAUGCUUCUUAUACAUAUUUUUCCACAUUGUGAAGCUGUUUUUAUUUUCAUGUUUUUUGUAUUUUAUAUGAAAUGGGAAUAUUGGAGUGUGUUGCAGCUAUUUUACUGAAGUUAGGUGUUCUGUCAAGCAAGAUGAUGUGCUUUUAUGAUGAAAAUCUAAGUGGUCACUGCAACCACUUUUUAAGAUAAAUAACAUGAACUGCCUGUGAAUUUGGCAAUAUUUUGCAUACCCAACAAUGACUUGAAAGCACAAUCAAAUUGUUUUGAAAGAUUUUAUGAGCUCUGAAGCCAUAGGAAUGGCAAACCUAAUAUAUGUAUAUAUAAACUGUAAGAGUUUGAGUAAGGAGCAUGUGUAUAGGUAUUUGCACAUCUUUUUGUAAAUAUGUAAAUGUAUUGUUUAUAUUAGCAUACAUGUAAGUAAUUUAAGGAAUGCAGAAAAUCAAAAUAUCAGAUUUUAAUUUAUAUUGUGUGACAAUGGGAAGAGUCUGUUAUUUAAAAAUAAAUAUUAAAACGAUAUAUGUAUGAAAUGCUCAAUAGUUCUUUGUAACAGUGUCUAUACAUGUGGAGAUGUUCCUUUAGCGGUCAUUUGGCAAACCUUAGUAGUUAUGUAGGCAUGAGUGCGCUAGCCUACCAGACUGUUUCUUAGGUGGCACAGAGGAUCU